GGUCUUCACGGCGGAGUCCUCUCAUCAUAUCUCCACUCGCAUAAUGGAAACUGAAUUAAAACAGCUGUGGUACGUCCGUCUCCGAUACUUUCCUGCUUUCACCUCAGCAGCAGCGUUUGUCUAAUGUGGCUGUCCUCUUCGCUAAAUAACUUCUUCUAUCCCGGUAAUUUUUUCCCUCCCCAGACACGCUUUCAGAAAUAACCAAACCUACGACCUGUAACUAAACUGCUCUGGAAGAAGCUCGUGUUUCUUUGGAUGGAGAAUUUUUAACCGAUGGUGAAUGAGCUGAAAUCAAGCUGGUUGUGAAGGUGCUGGACUUGUUCCCCCCUACGCCCCAAGCAGGACAAAGCAUGGCGGCAGGAGUAGCGGCAUGGCUUCCCUUUGCCCGGGCGGCAGCGAUUGGCUGGAUGCCUGUAGCCAAUUUGCCCAUGCCAGUGGCGCCUGCUGAGAAGAACAAGCGGCAGGAUGAGCUAAUCGUUCUCAAUGUCAGCGGACGGCGCUUCCAGACUUGGAGGAACACCCUGGACCGCUAUCCAGACACCCUGCUGGGGAGCUCAGAGAAGGAGUUCUUCUACAACGAGGAGACCAAAGAGUACUUCUUCGACCGGGACCCUGACGUGUUCCGCAGCGUGCUCAACUUCUACCGCACAGGCAAGCUCCACUUCCCGCGCUAUGAGUGCAUCUGCUCCUAUGACGAGGAGCUGGCUUUCUUUGGCAUCAUCUCGGAGAUCAUCGGUGACUGCUGCUACGAAGAGUAUAAGGACAGGAAGAGGGAGAAUGCAGAGCGUCUGAUGGAUGACCAGGAAGACAACAAGGACGCUAAGCUGCCCAACAUGACCUUCAGGGAGACCAUGUGGCGGGCUUUCGAGAACCCCCACACUUCCACCAUGGCCCUCGUCUUCUACUAUGUCACUGGCUUCUUCAUUGCCGUCUCUGUCAUCACCAAUGUGGUGGAGACGGUGCCCUGCGGCGCAUUGCCCAACCAGAAGGAAGUGCCAUGCGGUGAGCGCUACACCGUGGCCUUUUUCUGCAUGGACACGGCCUGCGUCAUGAUCUUCACCGUGGAGUACCUGAUGCGUUUAUUUGCUGCGCCCAGCCGAUACCGCUUCAUGAGGUCGGUCAUGAGCAUCAUCGAUGUGGUGGCCAUCUUGCCCUACUACAUCGGCCUGGUGAUGACUGACAACGAGGACGUCAGCGGCGCCUUUGUGACUCUCCGCGUUUUCCGAGUGUUCCGCAUCUUUAAGUUCUCCCGUCACUCGCAGGGCCUCCGCAUCCUGGGCUACACGCUGAAGAGCUGUGCCUCGGAGCUUGGCUUCCUGCUUUUCUCCCUCACUAUGGCCAUAAUUAUCUUUGCUACCGUCAUGUUCUACGCAGAGAAGGGUUCAAGCUCCAGCAAAUUCACCAGCAUCCCAGCCUCCUUCUGGUACACCAUCGUUACUAUGACAACGCUCGGGUAUGGAGACAUGGUUCCUAAGACGAUUGCAGGGAAGAUCUUUGGUUCAAUCUGCUCUCUGAGCGGUGUGCUGGUAAUUGCUCUGCCUGUCCCUGUCAUCGUGUCCAACUUUAGCCGCAUCUAUCACCAGAACCAGAGAGCAGACAAGCGGCGGGCGCAGAAGGUUCAGAAAGCCCGCUUGGCCAGGAUACGAAUAUCCAAGACGGGAAGCUCCAACGCCUUCCUCCACAGCAAGCGCAACGGCCUGUUCAAUGAAGCUCUGGAGUUCACGCAACUUCCAUACAAGAUGAACCUUUCAGAUCAGAGUUCCACCGAGGAGGAGCAGCGGUUAAGCAAGUCCACCUCUCUACUAGAGAGCCAGCACCACCACCUGCUGCACUGUCUGGAGAAAACCACUAACCAUGAGUUUGUGGACGAGCAGUAUUACCAGCAGAGCUACCUAGAGGCGGGGCUGCAGAACUACCCAUCUCGAAGCCCCUCCCUCUCCAGCCAAGAAGGCGUGACAGGAACAUGCUGCACUCGCCGAAGCAAGAAGCACCACACCCCUUUACCGAACGCCACUGCCCCAGCACACAUGCAGCCUUUGACACACACGCACACACACCAACAAGGCUUGCAGGAGCUCAGCACUAUCCACAUCCAGCCCCUCAGCACCAGCCGCUCCAGUCUGAAUAUGCGUGUAGACGAGCCUCCAUCCCUGAACUGCCAGAGCAGCCAGAUCACCACAGCAAUCAUCAGCAUUCCCACACCGCCGGUGACAACUCCUGAGGGCGACGCUCACCUGCCCGCAGGCCCCACCCACCAGAACGUUGUGAAGGUGUCCGCACUGUGAAGACUAGAGUGCAGGCGCAUCACACCGAAAGACAGAUAAAGACUCAUUGAGACAGACUGAGGGACAGAGGAGGCCUGGGAACGACGGAGGAGAAGGCAUUCAGAGUCCUAGUCUGGCCAUGGUGGAGCCUGCCCUCUGCUGGUCAUGUACUGUAACGACAUGGACUCCCUGUACACACAGAGGAUGGCUUUUAGAUACAUUAUAUUCAUGUUAGCUGUUGGCACGUAUGUGUGCGAGUAUGUGAGUGUGUGAGUAUAAGAGUGGAGAAUACGUGUAGGGAGUCAUAUUAGACGAAGAAGCGUGACGGAUUGCCUCCAGAGUUUCAGAAAUAAGUUCCCAGAGCAAGUCAUGUGUCACUGUGCGCAAAGCACCUUUUUAUGAUUUCCACUUCAGUUUGACUCUUAUGUUUGUUUUUUGUUUGUUUUUUUAGCAAGAGAUAUAGAGAAAAUGAAGACAACUCAAAGGUAAAGAUAAGAAUAAAGUAUUAUCAGAAUUGUUUUCCUCCAACUGAUUUAACCUUACCCUUUUGUUUUAUUUUUGUCAUUUUAGUCCACUCACUCACCUGUUGAUAAAUAUGCCACCAUUCUUUCCAGGUCCAAUAUUAUUCCUUUUGUGUGAAAAUCCUUGAAAUAUGGUAGGCGUGUCUGUGAUGGCGUUACCAAUGAGUUUCAUAUUUGUGAAUGGCUGUAUGUGACUUUUUGCUAGAUAGAGGAAUUGUGAUGUUUUGGAUAGGAGGUAUGUGCCUGUGUGUGUGUGUGUGUAUGUGUGUGUGUGUGUGUGUGCGCGUGUGUGAGAAUGUGUUUGUCCCAGUUGACUGAAAACUUGUGUUUCAAUUCUCCUGGACGUCUCUAUGGCUCAGUAUAUGGUAUAUUUGACUAGCUGCCACUCUGAAGAGUUCGUUGUACACUUUUCUGUCAGAAAUUCUCAGCUACAAGCCUUUUACACAAUAUGUGCCUGUUGCUGGAGUAAAAAGAGAUUUAUUUGUUUUUAUAGUUUUCUGAACCCCUCCCUCUGUCCCCGUUCUUUUCCCUUUAGGCUGCUGAAGCCCGACUGACCUCAAAUAACUAAAUUCUCUAACAAAGAAACCAAAAAAAAGUACAUUUUGAAUUCAAAUAACCACUAUUAAAAGCACAAGGUGUUGGCUGAGAAUUUCUGACACAAAUCUGUCCUGAGCCCGGGUUCUUUGUGAAUAUUGUUAAUAGAAUAUUUUGUAAUAUUUGACCAUCGUUUGGCAGAACCAGUGAAGCUGUCUUCUCGUUCUCUCUCUUUCUCCCUCAGUCUGUCUUUCUCUCUUUCUCACUCUCUCCUCUCUCUCUCUCUCUCUCUCUCUUGUUGUUGUCCUGUUGUAUCCCUUACCUCCUGUGUGAACAACAGUAUGCUUUCAGUAGUCUUUAUAGCUGUCAGUGUUUUUUCUUCCCCAAACUCAGCGGGCAUUUUUCAAAGUUGUUGAGUAUGUGUACUCUAUGUGGUUAGGAAACUUGGUGUUUGUACUUUUUGUCCUCCUUGGUGUUUCAAAAGGAUUUUAUUUACUUUACCUUCUGGAGAACUGAAAGCAGGGACGUCUGUUGUAACGGUGACCACAGAGACACAGAGGACACUGGAUGAACCAUCCACAGAUCUCUGUCACCAAAAACAUGUGCUAUUCUGUCUGUUCUCUCAACUCACAGCCCCAACAUGUAACUUUAGUAUUACUUAUCAUCGAAUCCCAUCAAAGUUGACCUUUGUAACUAUGGACGGUGACCUUUUAGCUCUGCUAACCUCCUAGCUGAUGCCUCCCUGUUGGCCUUUUUCAUCUUGAAUGUCAUUUUCACUCCCAACAGCUACACAGACCAUUACGUCUGUCUUUAGGUGGAUGAGACCAGUGCUGGGGUGUCUCCAGUGCAUGGCAGAGCAGCUUCAGUCACAGCAGACGAAGCACCCACUUCUGUUCUGCAUAGAUGAAAUAAAAUGUUGAUCAAGAGCACACGGACAGGGCGAUAAAUGCAUUCAUAUAUCAGCAUACGGUCCAUAUCAGCCAAGAGCAUAUUUCAAAAGCAAUACUGGAAUUGGACUAAUAUUAUGUCUGCCCAUAUGUAGCUGAGUUUUUUCCUGUAUUAGUAGACUAAUAAUGUCAAACUAGCAGCAAAAUGUAUGAUGGUCUUUCUUUCUUUUUUCAAGAGUAUUGAAUUACCUUAAUAUGGAAACAUCUGAAAAGCUUAACCAACUUUACACACACAUUUGUACUAAGACUUACAAAAAAACACAUAUCAUUAUCAUUGAAUCAGCCAAUUUGGGUGGAAAUAUAUAGCAUUAUAUUUACCUUAUCAGUGCAUCAAUACACAAGACCCUAAGGUCCCUUAGACUCCUCUGUUGUGGUUUAGUUCCCUCUGAUCUCUAAGGUUAAUACCGAGCCCCAAAAAAGCCAAAAAUAUUUUAUGGAGUUGGAACAGGAUGUGUUUUUCCUCUGAUAUUCCUACCAGAGACCUUGUACUAUUGCUGGUAAUUUAGUACUGUACACAGUGACAGCAGCUGCCUAGAUCCAGUAUUAGAGUUUAGUCAUACUGUGCGCAAAUUUACCUGGAGUAAAAAAAAAGAAGACAAGCACAGACCAGCAGAGCUUUUUCAGUGUAAUUUUAACAGUGGGGUUGAAGACAUUGACUUCAUAUUCACAGCAUCAAGUCUGACAUUUAGAAUCUAUUGAAAACUACAACAAGGGUAUGACAUAGGUAAUGGCAGAGGGAGGUUCCCUGUAUUUUUUGUCGCUAGGACAGUGAUUAAACGCGAGUUAUUUACUGCUUUCCUGUUUCAACACAGGCCGUUUUGUGUCAGCCGCACUUUCCAAUGGCACAGUUUGAAUUAUUAUGUAAGCAUAUUUCCGCUCAAAGUGUCAAAUGAUUGCAUUUUUAUUUACAAACAACAAAAACAGAGGUCUGUGAUUGUGUUUGUCUCUCUCUUUCUCUCUCUCUCUCUCUUUCUCUGUUAUGUACUCUCCUUUGAUUGUCUUUUUUCUGGGCUCAGUCAGUUUUCCUCUCUCUUUGCUUUGCCCUCCUAUGCCACCUGUCGUUGUUGAGACUACUGCUGUGCGUAUCUUGUCAGGUGUUGGAUAUUAUUUAUGACCUUGUCUUGUGUCCCAACUGUGAAACGCCUGAUAAAACAUCUAUAUCUGCCACAAAUACAAAAUCUGUGGGCUCUCUUCUUCAGCCGCCUCUAAAUCACUGUGCGUGUGUGUACAGUAAGCGUGCAAACACAAGGUACCAGCCUGUGCUUCAGUG